AUGGCUAGUGAGGAUGAAAGUGGUGUUGGCCAAGACGUGGAGGGUUCCAUAGAGUUCACUAUUGAUCCCCAUGCAUCAAGAAGUACUCGUCCUCCUUUUCUGCACAAUUUUUUCCCGACUAAACAAGAAGAAGAAGAAAUCGAAGAGCGUUCAAGAAAACGCAAGAACCCUAAUUCUUUCAACCAUCAAGAUGAUUUCAAUACUAUGGAGGGGAUCAAUGGACUUGGUGUCUCAACGACUUUGAGACUCUACGAAGAUCCAUGGAAAAUAAAGAAAACCCUACAAAAGAGUGAUCUUAAUGGUUCAAGCAGGCUAUUAAUGCCGAUAAAUUUGGUACAAUCUCAUAUCUUGCCAUUGUUUGAUGAUGCUGAUGAAGUCGAAGGUGGCGGCGUGCGGGUUACGAUUUGGGAUCAUGAUACAGGAACUGAACAUCAAUUGGAGUUCAAGAGAUGGACAUCAUCAAAUAGUUAUAUUUUUAAUGGUGAAUGGACUAAGGAGUUUGUGAAGAGGAGGAGGUUGGCGAUCGGUGACCAAAUUGGGAUAUUCUGGAAUCCUUACAGUUCAAGAUUUCAUUUUUCGGUUCUCAAUCGGGCUUUGGGAAACAACAAUAAUUAA